GUUGUAUUGUACAUAUCUCCAAUCGUAAUUGCAUAUCUCUACGUAGUUUAUCUACAAUUAUGGCAGAAUCCCAAGUUCCCGAGAUAGUCCUGUACCACUACAUAUUUUCUCCCUACGCGAAACGGUAACCUCUAUUCUCUCUCUUCCUAUCUUCUCUCUCUGAUAUAGACAGUGUAACAUGGUACCUUGCCUUCCGCCAAAUUCCAUAUACACAAUGUGUACGUCCCAUCUGCUUCCUCAUUCCACCCAAAACUAACAAGCAAAGCUACAACCAGUAAUGAUGCCCCGCCCCGACAUCAAAGCUCUGGGGACCAACUACCGCCGCAUCCCCCUCAUGUCCAUCGGCCGAGACAUCUACAACGACACACGCCUGAUCCUCUCCAAACUCGAGCAACUCUUCCCACCAUCCCCCCAACACCCCUCCAUCUCCUCGAACCCAGGCCUCAGCAAACUAUUCGAAAUCUGGGCCGUAGACGGCGGAGGAUUCAGAAACGCAGGAGCUUUAAUUCCCGCUGAAAUGCCCUUACUCAAAGAUCCCAAGUUCCAGAAAGAUAGAGAGGAAUACACGGGCUUUUCGUGGACCCCGGAGAAUGUGGCGAAGGGGAGAGCGGAUGCGUUGGUCGAGAUGCGGAACACGUUUGAGAAUAUCGAGCGCAAUUUCUUGGCGGAUGGGAGAGAGUGGAUUGCUGGGACCAAGGAACCGAGUUUGACGGAUAUUGAAGCUGUGUGGCUAUUGCAUUGGUUGCGGGGUUUACCUGGUGCGUUGCCGCCGGAUGUGAUUUCGAAGACGCAGUUUCCGAGGACUUUUGCUUGGGUUGAGAGGUUUGAUGGGGCUGCUAAGGCUGCUGCUGAAAAGAUGGGGAAGCCUAAGACGGUGAAAUGGCCUGAAGUUAAGGGCAUUGUGAAGGGUUCUGAGUUUGCGGAAGUGGAAGCCAGUGCAGAUGGGAAUGACCCAAGUGGGUAUAAGAAAGGAACGGUGGUGGAGGUUUGGCCAACGGAUUCGGGCUUCAGUCAUAGAGACAGAGGGACUUUGGUAGGGUUAGAUUGGAGAGAGAUCGUUAUCAAGAGCAAGAUGGAAGAUGGGACCGAAGUGAGGGUUCACGCACCAAGACAUGGUUUCAGGAUCAAGGAAGUGAAGGAUGGAGAGACAAAGCUGUAAGUUUACUACAAAUUAAGUUUGAAGUCAAGGAUACACAGUCGAGUACAUACAUAAUUCACCUCACAUACAUUCGAAUACACACGUCAAGAGAACCUAGCACAUCAUCAAUCACCACAAAAGCCAUGUGACUGAGCAUUGCGUAUGACACCUUUGCAUCUCUACAUAGCACCCCUCGAAGAGCAGUCCACAGCAACAGAGAUCAGUUCUUCCUUUGAUGUUACACCGUUCUCUUGUAUUC